GUUUUAAUAUAAAAUAACAAGGCAAUCAUUGAAUAAAAGAAAACCGGUUUAUCAUGGAACAUAACGUAUUUCUUUGGGAAUUUAAAAUUUUUAAUAAAAAAAAACUGAAAAUUCCAACUAAUUUUAUUUUGAAAUCUUCAAACCGUUAAACAAAUUUCCCCAUUAAAAUUUGGUACUUGGGCAUGCUGUCAGUUGCUGGCAAAUACUGUAGGUUUAUAUCAACCCUUCGUUUCUUCAUUCUCGGCUUUAUUGACACGAAAAAGAAGAAGAAAAAGUGUCGUCCGCUGUGGGUAAACAAAACAAUAGUUUCAUUAUUAAGAACAAAAACCAGUGCUUUAACGUUGCGUACAUAUCCAAGGAAAGAAAAUGUUAUCAUUUAAGCAACUUGUUUGCUCCGUGCUGUCGAUACUUUCCUUUAUGUCAGUGUUUUACUCCGUGGGAAAGCUGGGCAUUUUCUUGGCAACGCCCAACCCUGCUCAGCCGUCGACCCAAGGCUUUCCGAUGAAUCGCAGCGAAUUACGGGCAGCCCUGUUUCCAUUGUUUUUCAACACGAUUUGGGUAGUGCUGUUCGUGCUGCAGCACAGUGCCAUGCGGGCUGAGGUAGUGCAACGGGUCUGGAAAGCGAUUGGACUCGAGCUGGCCGAACGGAGUCUUUAUAACAUCGCUUCGUCAUACUGUUUAUUGCUGCUGUUAAAGAACUGGAAAUCUUCACCGACACAGUAUCGGCUUUGGUUUUUCGAUGUCGAAGAAAACAAGACGCUUUGGUGGCUGAUGGUAGGAUCGCACGUGCUGUGCUGGAUUGUUGUGUACGGCGGUACACUGAUGGUUGAUUUACCGGAACUGAUGGGAUUGAAGCACGUUUACUACGACAUCAACGAUCUGGCCCCUCCAAUGUCGUACAAGUCGCGUGAUCUGCAAGACUACUACAAGCGCUAUCGUCAUCCUUCCUUCGUUGCGCUCUCUGUAGUGCUGUGGUUCACCAAUGGCAUGACGGUUGAUCGCUUCCUGCUCGCCCUCGUUUGGAGUGUAUACAUGUACCUGGCCUGGAACACAACUCAGGCUGAUCUAAAGUAUCACCAGCUUCAGCUCGAACGUAAACGCGCCGAGUUGGUUCAUGUAACUAAAUAAUCCCGUAUUCUUCUCUUCCAUACCUCAAUGGCAGGAUAGAUGAUGGAACGUGUUCAAACUGACUGACUAAUUUAUUUUUCUUCAUAUUUUAAACAACCAACGAAUGCGUAUAUUUCAUUCAACUAAUAAACUAACCAAAGUAUUUGAUAAA